AUGAAGGUUUUCUCUCUCGCCGUCGUCCUCGCCCCACCCAGCAAGCCAUGCACCGUCCUCAGCAGCGCAUCCGAUCUCUCGACGUUUUCCUUUUACCAGCGAGGAUCCGUUGGCGAAUUCAUGGCCUUCUUCACAAAGACAAUCGUCGAUAGAACACCGCAAGGCCAACGUCAGAGCGUGCAGGAGAACAAUUAUACCGCGCAUGUCUACAACCGAGGGGGGGCUGAACAGCUGGCGGCCGUAAUCGUCACAGACCAGGAAUACCCUGUCCGAUCAGCGUUCUCACUGUUGACGAAGCUGAUUGACGACUUCAUCGCCAAAGUCCCCAUGUCUGCUUACUCGACUCCAGCCUCCAUAUCAUUUCCUGAAGUCAACAACUAUCUGCAGAAAUACCAGGAUCCCAGGCAGGCUGACGCGAUCAUGAAGGUUCAACAGGAACUGGAUGAGACCAAGAUCAUUUUGCAUAAGACAAUUGAAUCCGUGCUCCAGCGAGGGGAGAAGAUAAACGAUCUCGUUGAUCGGUCCAACGCUCUCUCGAUGCAAAGCAAAGCCUUUUACAAGACAGCGAAGAAGCAAAAUUCGUGUUGUGUGGUCAUGUAG